UGUUCCUCCGCUGUGGUGGUGGUGGUGAGGGUUUGCUCCUGUGUGCUGUGAAUGAUGGACGCUUUUCCGCUCUCCUCGCUUUGUCCACACCCCUCACACACAGAUAAAGACGCUCUGCACACACACACACACACACAGACAGGCACUGAGGACUCGCGCAUGCUUUGCUGUUCUGGAUAUAACGUUUGACUCCGACUGCGGUGGAUUUUUUGUUUUGUUUUGUUCUGUUCGAUCGCUCGGAUUUAAAAAUAUAUAUAUAAUCAUCGGAUUUGGAUUAAUUUAAACCUUGGCGCCGAUGGUUCCGACUCAGACUGCAGACAUGGAGCCCCUCCAGAUCAUUGUCCACCAUGUCCCUGUCUGUGCGGCCUACCCGCCGAGUCCUUACCAGGUCCAUCAGUAGGAGCCAGUCCUUUGCCGGAGUCAACUCCCACGACAAACUCUACAGGAGCCUCUCUGUGUUCCGCACCCCAGCGUGUACAAGAAAGACUCCCUCCAGAGGAAGCAGGAUGUUCACCCUUUCCGCCAAGUCGCCUCCUCCAAAGGUGCCACAGCCCGAAAGGCUGGAUGAGGUGUAUGAAGCUCUGAAAAGAGGCCUUCAGUCUUACCUGCAGGUCCAUCAGAUGGAGCUGGACAGCCUGAACCGUCAGAUGAAGGAGUCUAAGAGGAACUCUCGUCUGGGAUUUCUUUAUGAACUGGACAAGCAAGUCAAGGUGAUCGAGAGGUUCAUGAGGCGACUGGAGUUUCACCUCAGUAAGAUCGACGAGCUGUAUGAAGCAUACUGUAUGCAGCGGAGACUGCGGGACGGAGCCAAUAAGAUGGUGAAAGCAUACACGGCUUCACCGGGCAGCCGAGAAGCCAGGGAGAGUCUGUCAGAGGCCAACAAGGGCUUUAAAGAAUACACAGAGAACAUGUGCAUGCUGGAGAAUGAGAUAGAAAACCAGCUCGGAGAAUUCCACAUCAAAAUGAAAGGUCUGGCUGGCUUUGCGCGCCUCUGUGCUGGAGACCAGUAUGAGAUCUUUAUGAGAUAUGGCCGACAGCGCUGGAAGUUGCGGGGUCGGAUCGAGAUCAACGGAAAGCAAGUGUGGGACAGCGAGGAGAUGGUCUUCCUCCCCCUUAUCACUGAGUUCCUUUCCAUAAAGGUGACAGAGCUGAAGAGUCUGGCCAAUCAUGUAGUAGUGGGAAAUGUCUCAUGUGAGACCAAGGACCUGUUUGCUGCCCUGCCACAGACUGUAGCUGUGGACAUCAAUGACCUGGGAACUAUCAAACUGAGCCUCGAAGUUACAUGGAAUCCGUUUGACAAAGAUGACCAGGCCUCCACGGCCAGCACAGUGAGCAAGGCUCCUACAGUGAAUAAACGGUUCUCCACAUACAGUCCCCCAGAUACGCCAUCACUUAGAGAACAGGCAUUUUACAACAUGUUAAGGCGACAGGAGGAGUUGGAGAAUGGUACAGCGUGGUCGAACUCCUCUGAAUCUUCAGAUGAUUCAUCAAGCCCUCAGCUGUCCCAGGGUCUUCGUCAUGCCCACAAGAAUCUGGUCCAGCCUGAGGUGCAGGCCUCCGCUCCUGCUAUUGAUAUCUCCUUCACCCCCCGCCAAUCAUCCACCUCCACGCCCACACGGCUGGCCAAUCAGAAAGAGGAAGAUGAAGAGGAGGACGAGCAAGAUGAGGAACUCCGAGCAACUACAUUGACCGUGACCACAGGGGCUGCUGGGACACAAGCUGUGCCUAACGGCCAUGCUCGCUACUCGCGCUCCCUGAGCCAUAUCAGCGAGAGCAGUGUGGAUGCUGCCUCGAAUGAGAGGCCUGCUGGGGAACUGUUGGAACCCAGUGUAGUCGUGGACGUGCCCCUGAGGGCUGAGCCAUGCUUAGUCAUUCCUGAACCACAAGUUGACCACAACACUGUUGAUCCAGACUCAUUGUGUUCUGGCACCACAGCCCCAAUAGAGCAGGAGGUCUCUGACUCUGCUGUUAAAUGUGAAGAGCCUACAGCACUUCCACUCACUGAUUCCUGUACCAAUAGUGAGGAGGACUCUACCUGUACCUCUGUUCCUACUGAGGCCUCAGUACAGCAAAGUAGUAUUAAUGAUCUAACUCCCAGAGCUGUUGAUGUAAAACAGACUGAGGACACACAAAAUCUGCCUAAGACACACCCAGUGUCUGUACAGGUCAAGGAACCUGGGACUGAAGUAGAUUCUUUGCCAGAAGAUGGACAGAGGGGAAAGACAGAGGAUACUGAUGCAAAAGACAGCGGCCUGGAUGAGGCCCUCAGCUCUCUUCUUUCUUCCCUGGAUGACUACAGGGGUCAGUUUCCAGAGCUGCAGGUGCUGGAGCAAGAGCUCCGCCUGCUGGAGGAGGCUCUCACUGGCCGAAGUCGAAGUCGUGCCUCCAGUGUGAGUUUGACUGUGGAGACUGCUCUUGAAAGCUUCAGUUUCCUCAACACAUCAGAUCUGGAAGAUGAGGAGGAAGAAGGCGAGAGGCUGUGUGUGACCGACAGCUCUCAGCCAGUAGCAGGUGAGAGUGUGCUAGUGGAUGAGGGUUGUGCACAGAAUUGUUGGGACACUCCCUCUGUUCCUCUCAGCACCGGCCACCAGGCAUUAGAUCAAACUCUGCUCAUCCAUCUACAAAACUGCUCCACCCAGCUGCUGAGGCUUGGUACGUUUGGCCCGCUGCGUUGUGGGGAGAUGUACGCUCUGGAUCGGCUGCUCAGGGAGACUCGGGUCAUGGAGCUCAUUCGUCUGGCUGUCCAGGAUACAGUGAGGAGUGAAGGCCAACCUGAGGAAGUUGUUCCACAGUUAGAGCAGUGCCAGGGGGCUGUGUUGCUAUGGAGGCAUUGUAUGGCUGGCUGUGGUGUGUUCAGCACCUCCACUGAGGCUUUCAUGCAGACAUUGAACAACACUUAUGCAGACAAAAUACCAGAAAGAGGAGCCAACUUUGCAGACACAGUAUUUAUGCGUCUAGUGGAGAGGAUUCUGGAGAAAAAGCUGCCUAGACGAUGUGGAAGUGCAGUUAAAGAGAUUCUCACAGUUUUCCAGUUCUGGAGCUACCUAGAGGCUGAGGGUGUAAGUGAGCUGGAGACGCACAUCACUGAGCUGGCUGAAGAGGUCUGGCUGGUGCAGUGCCUGCAGUCUGGUGAUCAAGAUGUGCUGCUGAAAGCUCUGAAAAAGCCACCGGAGUGCAGUCUAAAGCGUGAGGGCCUUCGCGCCGUCAGCGUACUUCUCAGUGAUCCACGGGGGAAGGUGUGCAGCAGUGCCAGUUCUCUGUUACGCAACCUUGCCGAGCAGCCACGCCACAGAGAGAGGGCGCUUGUGAGUUGUUUGGAGCUGCUAGAGGACGAAAGUGUUGAGACCCGCGUGUGUGGUUGUAAAGCACUUGCAUGUCUAAAGGCCAAAGAGAGUAUUGAGCAGCUGGUGUACUUGUGCCGCACGGACAAGGAGGAUGUAAGAGAAGCCGCCAAACAAGCUCUGCUGGUGCUGGGUGAGGAGGGGAAGAUGGCCCAUCGGCAUGUGGAACAAGAUGGAGUCUCUCGACUUUUUGCACCUGGCAGCAUGGCCAGUACCGCAUUUUAAGCCUCGUCCACCUGCAGAAACUAUAGACCAAGUGUCUCCUGUGUACACAGACUUGUAUUCCGGCCAACUAAGGACACAUGAUCAAAUAUGGAUCACAUUGUUGAAGUGCAAAUAAAGACCCAAUCAGCUUGUUAGAAAGAGUGACUGCAGACGUUUCAAAUGAUCUCUGGAUCAGUAGAUCGGUUUGUUAAGCUACAACUUAAGUGCAGUGAUACAAUGGAAAGAAGAAGAUGAACAAGCAUAAAAGAAAUGGGCUUCAGUGUUUUGCUGCCUUGUCACUUGGCCUUGUGGUUUUUGCCUUCACGGUUCACAAAGGCUGGACUCUGAUGAGUUCAUACUGCAUGCAUGGACAAUUUUUACAUGGCUUUAUGCCUACUGACACGGACAGGGGAAUGAAAAGUGUUACUUUCAUGUGACUUAUUUAACAUGGAUGGACUUUUUAAUCUGAUGAGCAUUUACUGAAGCUUGGUUGUUUGUAAUAAGGUGUGCUUGUUUGUAUGUUUGUCUGGUAUAAGUGGGACAGAGUUCAGGUGGUAAGAGUCAGUGUACAAGUUUCCAGUGAGUUUCAGUAUAUCUGCCAUCAUUCCACACUGUCACUAUAUAUAUGCUUUACUGAUACAGCAGUAAUUUGUGUACAUGUUUUAAUUGUGUUGUAUUUUUUUCUUUUAAAAACAAACAUGUUUACACUCAAAAGCAAAUGUAGGCCUGCUUUGAGUGCUAAUGACUCCUAAGACCUUCAUGUUGCACUUCCUAAGACUUGAGUCAACGGCAUUGUAUCUGAGGGGGAUAUCUGCUGUAACAAGAGGGGCUAUUUUAUUCAUAUAUACAAAUAUUAUUAGUAUUAGUAAAAUGAAAAUAUAUGGACUAUGAUGGACUAGUGCAUGUAAUAUUUAGACCAAGCCUAUUGCAUACUGAACAAAAAUCCAGAGCGUGCUGCUAGACACACAGGUUCAGUGCAGGAAUCUCAGUUAUAAUUUACCAAGCUCUUCAGUCGAGUGUAUGUUAAGAUUUUGGAAGAAGAGAUAGCCUCCUCAAUGUACAAGUGCCUCAAAUGACUGGGGAGUGUGUGUGUUAGGACAAGUAGACUUUUAUUUAAAGUGAAAAAUAGCAGUUCAUGACAAACUGUAAUACAGAUUUAAUUAUAUUUUUCUUUAAAGGCGCAUUGAGUUUUUUUUUAAUAAGAAAAUUUUAUUGUUUAAAAAAAGAUCUUACCAAGUGCAAAAAGAAUAUUAAAAUAAAAAACAAAAAAGUUGUGUACUGUGUUUGAAUAAAUGAACAUCUAAUUAGCAUACUCAAACAGCUAUAUAAAAUCAUCACAUUUUGUGAACUAUUUGGUUUUGUAAAGGAAUAUAUAAUAAAGGAAUAGAAUCUAUGAAUAAUGUAUAGAAUUAAAUGCUUGAAACAAAGCCUAUCCAUGAUUGAGUAUAAUUCUAAGCAGGCGCAGUCUGAUGGCACGCGCGCGCGCACUCAGUAAAAUCCGUUGGAGCAUAACGCA